UGUGUGUGUGUGAGAGCGAGAGAGAGAGAGAGAGAGAGAGAGAGAGAGAGAGAGACCAUAGCACGAGCUCCGAUCUCUGACGGAUCGGUUAAACCCGGAUUUAACGCGUGUUGAUUAGCCCGGCUCUGUUCAGUCCGGUAGUACCCGCUGCGCCAGCAUGUCCAGCCCGCAGGAGCCGAACCAGGAGCCGAAAGAAGAGCCGAAGGAGGAGGUGAAAGAGGAGAAAAAGGAGGAGAAAAAAGAGGAGAAGAAGGAAGACAAGAAUGAAUCAUGGAAGGAUUUUUUUUACAAUCCGCGAACUGGAGAGUUCAUGGGCCGGACCGCCAGCAGCUGGGGUCUCAUCCUCCUGUUCUACCUCGUCUUCUACGGUUUCCUGGCGGGAAUGUUCACUCUCACCAUGUGGGUGAUGUUACAGACUCUGGACGAGAAUGUCCCUCGCUAUCAGGACCGAGUGGCCAAUCCAGCCAGACUACGUGCAGCCUGUGGUCGCGGUACAGUUGCUGUUAACAAAAGAAGACUAUAACGUUGAGCAGACAAUAGAGUGUAAAAUCGAAGGUACAGAUCUGCGUAACAAUGAUGACCGGGACAGGUUUAUGGGUCGUGUCACUUUCCGCGUCAAAGUGUUGGAGUAACCAGACCCACCAAUUGCCAUGGAUACCACAAACUGAUUUAAACUGGAAACAAAUCUCCAGUUCUGGACAUACAGACCUGAUCUAAUCCUGGACGUCUGAAUCUGGUUUAUUCUGUUUAGACUCUUGAGGAAACCAGAUCUGGACCACUGACAGCUAAAUAUGGCUAUUCUGCCAGAACCCUUUAGAUGAGAUCCUGGUUCAGUCCUAAUUUGGUUUACACCAGGUUAACCCUAACCCUGCUUCAGAUGUUGUACUUUGUGGUCUAGAUCUGCUGCUGAGUAGAACAAACAGAAACCAGAGUAACUCUGGUUGAGCCUGUUCAGACAGUUUAAGAAAAUCAGGUCUGUAGUGGAAGCAUGUGAGCCAGCUGCACAAUGACGUGUUGUGUUUAGAUGUAUGUAUAAUAGUGAUGUAAUAAAAUAAUAAUAUGAUCCCAGCAGUCUGUAACGGAGCAGUGCAGCAGAAAUCAGUCCAGAUUUUAUUAUAAAACUGCUGGUCAAUAAUCAGGUAACUGUCCUUCCACUCUGAAACCUUAAUGCUACAGGAACUGCCUUCACAAGAUUGAUAAUGCUUCAUUGAAGAUGUGAUUUUUCUCAUUUUUCAGUGGUAACCAGAUUAAAAGUUUAGUUUUGCAGCAUAAACUUGGACCAUGUAAACGUUUUAAUAGCCUGUAAAUGACCAUAGAGACUUAUUGUGAUUACUCAAUCCGCUUGCUGAGGUUUUCUGGGACUCAUUUGACCACGUAUCUUUUGUAGUGUCAACUCUAAUAAGUCUAGGCCCACAUUCAAGGACACAGAAACAUGCAGUCUGAUUGGAUCUGAUUUGUGUUCUUUUACCUGCAGAGAUCACCAGCAGGUGUUUGUGAACAAACUGGUAUUACUAACUGUAUUAUCACCAGACUCCCUUAAAACAAUCCUAUAAUUCUAAGAGGAGUUGACUGAGGAGAAACUAAACUGUUUGAAACGAUGUCUAUGGCGGUUUGUUGUUUAUUAGGGCCUUCUUGUAAAUUGGGGAAACAUAACACAUCAAGUUAUUUCUUUCUUAGUGUAGGGUUAGGGUGUAGCCUGGCAGGAAAGACAGUCUGUGGUGUGAGCAGGAAGUACACUUUUACUCUUUGGCAUUAAUGCCUUUCUUCAUAAUCAUUUGUGAGGUGAAACUUUAGAUUUCCAUACAGUCAGAGGAAGUAAAAGUGUGUGCCCUGCUCAUAAAGUUCAGUUAUAAAAUAAUAAUAUAUAACAAAGAGUGUCUCAACUGUAUGGCUGCUGACAGUACAGAUAAAACCCUCUGAUGUAGAGUUUAUUGUGGUGCAAGUGAGAUCUGAUCACUGAUGUUCUUAAAGCUGUCCACUUUUGAUCUGAUCCCCCACGAUGUUAAUAGCAGCUGUAAACAGCCUAAAAGUCCAGACCAGAACAGUUCAGUGUAACAGCAGGGUGGUAUGACCGUAAUCUGAUUAUUGAUUGGCUGCGUGUAAUUGUUUUAAAAUUGAACAAUAUUGCAACUGAUUCAAAACUGCCAAAAGAAAAUGUAUUAUGUCUGCAUAAACCUUUCAUAGAUGGUUUAGGGUUAGUAAAUUCCACCUGAAUGCUAAUGCUAGUCUGCAGUUUAAAAGAAACUGUUGUCCUUGUGUCACAUGAACUGUAAAAAACACUGUAAUUGGGUCAAUUAUUGUUAAUAGUAAUGAUGAUAAUGAUAGCGCCCUCUAGAGGAUUAAGAUUGCACUGUGAAGCAGAACGCUCUACCUGCUGGGACCCCUACCCACCACCACUGACCCUUGACUGCUCAGGUCCACUUGGACGCUGGUGUCCUUUCACCUUAUGAAUCUCUCCGUAUUGAUGGUUUUUCAUCCGUCAUCAUGUCAACACAAAUAUUUGUCAGUUUUUCAGAGUAAAGACUUUGAAAUAUACUUUAUGAAUAUGUAACCCCAACUGUACAAACAGAUGUUGCAGUUUUUUAAAUGUGAAUUUGAGUGUGAUUCCAACAACUAGUGUCGCGUGAAUAUUGAACAAGAUUACAUCAUCAGCAGAAAACCAAUCAGUCUUCAGUAAAUCAGUUUCAUCAUCAUGUCUUCGUGUUGUUUUAAUUGUUUCUAUCCUGAAUGAAUGAAUUGUAGUUUUAUUAUUUAUGUUUAUGUCUGCUGAGGGAACUGGAAACAAGAUGAUGAAUGAUCUAAUGCUACAAAUAAAACAUAAAGAUCUUGUAAUGUCAUAAUUUAUUUUAAAAAAUUCUUUCCAUCACUGUUACACAUGUAUUUAUGUAUACAAUAAAUUUCACACCACAGCAUUGCACUGUUAAGAUGUCAAUAAAGUUAAUUGGAUAAUAACCAGGA